AUGUGACAGGCGCUGUGCUGACGGAGCCAACUGCCCAGCUCCCAGUCUGCUCUUUUCAAUCGUCGUCGUCGUCGUCGUCAUCAUCAUCAUCAUCAUCGUCAUCUAAUUCCAGUGCGCAGUUCAUUGACACUUGCAGUGGGCACAGUGACAACAUCUGAUGAUCCUCGGCUCUGGAAACCUGACUCCACGGGUAGCGCCCAGGCAGGCCACAGACUGUCACCCUCGCCGGGAUCAGUUCCCUCAGCCAGGGGGAUCACCGUUGGUUGUGGUCGGCAGCGUUUUUUUUUUUUUCUACUUCGUUUCUUCUUCUAGCUUCGCUUGUCAUUAUUCGCCCUUCUCAAAUGUGAUACCCAAGAAGAGCCGAGAGAGUAAAGCCAUACGGAACUGCCGGGUAAACAGUGCGUGCGAGCGCGCGGGCGCUCACACUCCGGGUCGAUAAAACUCAAGCAGAAUGACAGCGACAGCUGCCUCGUGGCGCACAGAGGAAGUGGAGCAGUUCUGUUUGGAAACCUCAGAGACAAGCGUAUCAUUACAGCCUGUCCACUCAGAGAGAAACCUCCUCAGCACACCCUCCCAGGAACAGGCACAGCUUGCCUGCAGCCAGUCAGGAUUCCAUCAGGUCCUCUGCAAGACAAGCUUCCUCCAACGCUAGAGUCCCUUGGCUAUACGCUGCCAAGUUCACCUCCACACUGUCCCUGCCCACCACAGGCUGACACUUGGGAACUCAGGCAGAAAGAAAAAACCCUACCCUUGAAGGAGGAAAGGAAGACCCAAUGGGAGCCAAGCAUUCGAGGGCCAGCUCCAAAGACAAGGACCCCAAGAGGCUGCUGCCAGGGAGGAGACAGAAGUUCUCUUCGUGGGAAGACGCCCUGCUCCUGGGGAAGGACCCACGGUCCCUGCUGAAGCGUGGCAUGCGUCACGUCAGCUUCAGCUUGGUCACCAAAGGAAUGACAGACAUCCCAGACUUUCUGUGGGGCUUGCUGGAAGUCCAGAAACUCAAUCUGUCCCACAACCAGCUCCGAGUUCUCCCUCCCGAGGUGGGCAGGCUGACACGGAUUGUGGUCCUGAACUUGUGCGGGAAUCGGCUCAAGAGUCUCCCCAGAGAAGUCAGCCUCCUCCAGAACCUCAAGGUCCUGUUCCUCAACAUGAAUUGCCUGGCGGAGGUGCCCGCCGAGCUCAGCCUGUGCAGGAACCUGGAGGUGCUGAGCAUGUCCCACAACUGCCUGUCCCAGCUCCCCGGCAGCUUUGCAGACCUCUCCAGGCUGCGGAAACUGAACCUCAGCAACAACUGUUUUGCCCACAUCCCCAUCUGCGUCUUCUCUCUGAGGGGGCUGGAUUUCUUGCAUGUGGGCUCCAACCGCCUGGAGAACAUCGCGGAGAGCAUCCAGUGCCUGGCUAGCUUGCAGAUCUUCAUCGCGGAGAGCAACAACAUCCACUCCUUCCCCAGGUCGCUCUGCCUAGUCACCAGCCUGGAGCUGCUGAACCUGGACAACAAUGACAUCCAGACCCUGCCAGACGAGCUCUACCUGCUCUGCAGACUGGGGAGGGUUGCGUGGAAUCCCAUGGACAAGGGGCUGCACAUUUCCCACAACCCUUUAGCCAAGCCCCUGCCGGAGCUGGUUGAGGGUGGGCUGGAGAUGCUCUACAGCUACUUGAAGGACAAAAAACACAGCUGAUGUGAGCAGCAGGCGCACGGACGUCAGACCCACGGAUGCUAGUCAGCCUCACCUGGCCUCUGUCAGCUGGGGUACUUCUCCCGUCUGAGCGUUUUAACGUUGGUGUCUGUCCGUGCUGGGCCCCUGCUUGCUAAGCUUCUGUGGCUCAUCUGACCAGGUGGGGCAUUUGUUUUUAACCUUGUCUGUCUUUAGUACUGAGCUAGGCUCACCUCACUUGACACGUGAUUGGGAGCAGGCUUUUGGGUUUUACCAGAAGGAGCAGAUUACUCCAACGGUGAGGUUUAAAUGGGUCAAACGCAACACAAUCCCAAGGUCAAGUCUGUGAUUGCUGCGCACUGCACACCAAGUAUCCUGUGAAGGGUGGAAGUCGUCUUGAUUUCGGGAGGCUUCCACUCCAGCCAGUAGCCUGCAGCAAGAUGGCAAUAGCAAGACAAGUUCCUAUGCAAGACUCCAGCGAGCUUCCCUCAAGACAACCAGAGGGCGCCGUGGAGCUGGCUGGGACCAAACAGGCAAAGCUGUCUCUUUUGGUCUGAGGGGGAAGUGAUCACAGGGAAGUUUUCCGUUAAGAUACCUACAGGGUCUGUGUGGGACUCACCAUCGUUGCCUGUGCCGGCGACCACAGGGAUGGCACGAUAGCUUUCGGAUAAUAAACACGAUGGUUUCAA